AUGGCACAGUACUUCUUCGAUCUUCUCUACAACUUCACCGAUUGUCUCUGCUGCUUUCCCAGCUCCCCGCAGCUGAAGAUCAACAACCGCAGUUUUAAGCUGCUGCGGCUGCUGGGUGAGGACAAAAGCACCUCGGAGCUGUUCGCGUUGAAGAAAAUACGAUGUCCCUUCGGCCAAGAGUCCGUGUCGCAAGCGCUCAAAGAGGUCGAGGCCUACAGUCUUUUCGCGCCGCAUCGCAAUGUCAUCCGCUCGUUCGAUCACUGCGUCGUGAACGAAUCCGGGUCCAAGUUCCGGGGAACCGGGGAUGACUCGAGCUCUAAAACAGUCUAUAUUCUCCUCCCCUAUUACCAGCGAGGCAACUUACAAGAUGCAAUCAACGCCAAUCUCGUCAACCACACCACAUUCCCGGAGAAAGAACUGAUGACGCUGAUGCUGGGCGUUGCCAAAGCUCUGAAGGCGAUGCACCAGUAUAAGGUCAAAAGCGGGUCUGCCGCUUCUCGUCAAGCCAAAAAUGUGCGGCGAGAAGGAGAGCAGGCAGACGAGGAGCUGGCGAGAAAGGUCGGCAAGCCAAAGCGGAGGAAUACACAUGGGGUUGAUGACGAUGUCGAGCAAGAGCCGUUGAUGGACGAUGAAGUCACUCGCAGUCAGGAAGGCGUUGCUGAAGGAGAAUACCGGCCCUAUGCUCAUAGAGAUAUCAAACCUGGCAAUAUCAUGAUUGAUGACGACGGCAGGACACCGAUUCUGAUGGAUCUGGGCUCGUUGGCUCCAAGCCCCAUCGCAAUCACAUCGCGGUCACUCGCUUUGGCGGUGCAAGACACCGCAGCAGAGCACAGCACCAUGCCGUAUCGCGCCCCGGAAUUAUUCGACGUCAAGACUGGCUCCAUUAUUGACACCAAAGUCGAUAUCUGGUCUCUUGGCUGUACUCUUUAUGCCUGCUUAGUUGGUAAGAGUCCAUUUGAAGCCCGAAGCGAGGAGACGGGAGGCAGCCUGAGCAUGUGCGUUCUAGGAGGCGACUGGCGAUUCCCCGAUGAAAACUCUAGUAGCGCCAAAGGGAAAGGCAAGUCCACGCCGGACGCUGCAUCUGGAUCGUCGUCUCUGACCAGUGAGGGCGGGAUCAGUCAGUCCGUCAAGGAAAUUGUCAGGAAAUGCUUGCAAGUCGAGCCUGCUGAUCGGCCGGAUGUCGAUGAGCUUAUCCAGCUGAUCUCAGACACGAUCAAAUCUCUGCCUGAGUGA